GUCUCUAUGGAGACAGGGAUAAACAGAUGAUAACAAAUUCUCAGCAGCCUUUAAAGCUCAUUUGAGUGUAUGGGUUGGCGUUUGAGGUGAGGCAAGGAGAGGCAGUGCAGGACAGCGAGAGAGGCAGAAGGGACUUGACAUUAGCAAGAGAUAUUCUUCAAGAUGGCGGAGAGCACAGAUCUGGAGCAGCUGAUGAACUCUUUUAAGAAGUUUGCGAUCCACGGAGACACCAAGGCUACCGGGAAGGAGAUGAACGGGAAGAACUGGGCUAAACUGUGUAAGGACUGCAAGAUCAUCGACGGGAAGAAUGUCACCGGCACUGACGUGGAUAUCGUCUUCACGAAAGUCAAAGCGAAGACGUCCCGGGUGAUCACCUACGAGGAAUUCCAGAGAGCCCUGGAGGAGCUGGCCCCGAAGAGGUUUAAAGGUCAGAGCAAAGAGGAGGCCCUAACGUCUGUCUACAAGCUGAUAGAGGGCAAGGAGCCCACCAACGUAGGAGUCACGAAAAUGGCGAAGACAGCCGCAGUGGACAGACUGACAGACACCACCAAGUACACAGGCUCCCACAAAGAGCGCUUCGACGAGAGCGGGAAGGGGAGGGGUAAGGGCGGGCGGGAGGAGCUGGUGGAGGAAACGGGAUACGUCGGCUCCUACAAGAACGCCGGAACCUACGAGGAGAAAACCAAGGCUAAGUAGACCACCGGGCCAGGCGGUGUGGUCAACAGGCCCAGUAGACUACCGGGCCAGGCGGUGUGGUCAACAGGUCCAGUAGACCACCGGGCCAGGCGGGGUGGUCAACAGGCCCAGUAGACCACCGGGCCAGGCGGGGUGGUCAACAGGCCCAGUAGACCACCGGGCCAGGCGUGGUGGUCAACAGGCCCAGUAGACCACCGGGCCAGGCGUGGUGGUUAACAGGCCCAGUAGACCACCGGGCCAGGCGGGGUGGUCAACAGGCCCAGUAGACCACCGGGCCAGGCGUGGUGGUCAACAGGCCCAGUAGACCACCGGGCCAGGCGUGGUGGUUAACAGGCCCAGUAGACCACCGGGCCAGGCAGUGUGGUCAACGGGUCCAGUAGACCACCGGGCCAGGCGGUGUGGUCAACAGGUCCAGUAGACCACCGGGCCAGGCGGGGUGGUCAACAGGUCCAGUAGACCACCGGGCCAGGCGGGGUGGUCAACAGGUCCUGUAGACCACCGGGCCAGGCGGUGUGGUCAACAGGCCCAGUAGACCACCGGGCCAGGCGGUGUGGUCAACAGGCCCAGUAGACCACCGGGCCAGGCGUGGUGGUCAACAGGCCCAGUAGACCACCGGGCCAGGCGUGGUGGUUAACAGGCCCAGUAGACCACCGGGCCAGGCGGUGUGGUCAACGGGUCCAGUAGACCACCGGGCCAGGCGGUGUGGUCAACAGGUCCAGUAGACCACCGGGCCAGGCGGGGUGGUCAACAGGUCCAGAAGACCACCGGGCCAGGCGGGGUGGUCAACAGGUCCAGUAGACCACCAGGCCAGGCGGUGUGGUCAACAGGCCCAGUAGACCACCGGGCCAGGCGGUGUGGUCAACGGGUCCAGUAGACCACCGGGCCAGGCGGUGUGGUCAACAGGCCCAGUAGACCACCGGGCCAGGCGGGGUGGUCAACAGGUCCAGUAGACCACCGGGCCAGGCGGUGUGGUCAACAGGCCCAGUAGACCACCGGGCCAGGCGGUGUGGUCAACAGGCCCAGUAGACCACCGGGCCAGGCGGUGUGAUCAACAGGCCCAGUAGACCACCGGGCCAGGCGGGGUGGUCAACAGGCCCACAACAUGACAUGUAUCCCAAAUUACAUCCUACUCUAUAUAGUGCACUACUUUGACCAGAGCGCCAUGGGUCCUGGUCUAAAGUAGUGCACUAUAGAGUGAAUAGGGUGCCAUAGGGCUCUGGUCUAAAGUAGUGCACUAUAUAGGGAAUAGGGUGCCAUAGGGCUCUGGUAUAAAGUAGUGCACUAUAUAGGGAAUAGAGUGCCAUUUGAGACGCUUCCAGGGUCACUAUCCCCUAAGCCCCCCCCCUUACAGUCGGGACCAAACCCUGAACCCAGAACUCUGACCCCUAACCACAGGCUUAACCCCAGGCCCUGUCGACAGAGGCUGUCCUCUCUUAUCUUUGAUAUGUUCUGAGGGGUGUGUUGUGUGUGUUGUCAUUGGGGAUGAUGAAAGAGAGAACAUGCUUUUUACUCUUAUUAUAGCUAUGGAGGUCGUGAGGUGAUCUCCUUAAACAGAGAUAUGACCGAUAGACAGGUCGUGAGGCGAUCUCCUUCAACAGAGAUAUGACCGAUAGACAGGUCAUGAGGCGAUCUCCUUCAACAGAGAUAUGACCGAUAGACAGGUCGUGAGGCGAUCUCCUUCAACAGAGAUAUGACCGAUAGACAGGUCGUGAGGCGAUCUCCUUCAACAGAGAUAUGACCGAUAGACAGGUCAUGAGGCGAUCUCCUUCAACAGAGAUAUGACCGAUAGACAGGUCGUGAGGCGAUCUCCUUCAACAGAGAUAUGACCGAUAGACAGGUCGUGAGGCGAUCUCCUUCAACAGAGAUUUGUCUGAUGUGUGUUUACAGAUGACUAGAUCAGAAUGUUCACUGUUCACUGUCAAACCUGGCCUGCCCUGAGACUGUACAUAGACCUGUGAUAUACCAUACCCUCACCUUGCUUUGGUUUUAAAUCUGCCCUGAGACUGUACAUAGACCUGUGAUAUACCAUACCCUCACCUUGCUUUGGUUUUAACAUGUUGAGUUGCACUGUGAAAUACUGAUGCAAGAGUUGUUGCCAUGGAAUUGAAUGAAACAUCCACUGUAAAAGGCAAACGUCAGCACCAAGACCGUGAUUGGUCAAAAACACGUACUGGUCAAAUAAUCUGACAUGGUGCCGUGUUUCCAUUGGCUUCAAACCAUGAAUGUCCUCUUUGAAUCGAGUUCACUUUCUUACCGUAUAAUUCAUCUUUCUUACCGUAUAAUUCAUCUUUCUUACCGUAUAAUUCAUCUUUCUUACCGUAUAUUUCAUCUUUCUUACAGUAUGUUUCAUCUCUCAAACUCAAUAGUUUCAGGGUUUCGUCUUUAAGACUAUCGUUUUAGAACUAGCUAGCUUUUUAUUCUGAGACUAUUUCUUUCAACGUUCGUUGCUUUUCAAAAAAUAAUUAAACAUUUAUUUUCUCUCUUUUGGUUCUUUUUGAUUUGUUUGUUUGUUUGUUUGUUUGUUGGUUGUAGAAACUGGACAACGGCUGCAUUGAAAGGGAAAUUGUUGUAUUAAAAAAUGAGAAUAAAGUGUUUGUCUUUA